GUUUGUUGAUCAACCUCUGGGCAUCGGAUCGAAGUCAGAGGUUGUCUUCGUCUGUCCCACUUUUUCCACCGUCGAUUUCUCUUUCUCUUACCCUGGCACAAUGUUUGGUUCAAAAGGAGACUCCAUCUUCAUCCUACAUGCUAAUCACAUCAGUGGAAGAAGGGACAAAUGAGUCUUGAUGCAUGUACCUGUUUCGGAAGUUGUCAAGGAUGAUGGUGAGGCCUUCAAAAUUUAGCAGUAUGUUUGUUAUGGCAAGCUUCUCUGGCUGGCGAUUCCAUGACUUCCCUUUACGAGUUUCUUCUCCUGAUUCUCAAUGACCCUAGAGAUGCACCGAGGAAAGAUGCACAUGAUUCCAAGGGACUGGGAUCCCGGCAGGUUGCCAGAGUGCGAGAUGUUGCAGGAGGACGAAGUUGAGCUCAAUGUGAUGGAUUUUGUAGAGACAGAGUACAAACCAGAGAAUAAUGAUGAGAUGAGAGUAACCAAAAGGAAACUCCCAAAGGAGAAGAACAGAAAUAAAAAAUGCUGGGGGGUAAGUGUAGAAAAGGUCAAGGAUACAACAAAAGAAGCAAAAACAAAGAAUAACCGAAAGAAAUUCAGAGCUACUCAGAAGCCUCCUCCUCCUCUCACAAGAUCUUACACUGAUUCAGACUUAGCUGUCGUCUGUCCUUAUGCAACAUGCUUGAAAAAUCUCUGUGACAGAGUAGGUACCAUUCAGGACCCAGUACCAGAAUCCUUGCCUCCAAGACUCUUCGACCAGCUUCAGCACCUGGAAGUCCACUACCCGUAUGCUGCUCUCUUGAAGGAAUUAUAUCUCAAUGCUCAAGCUGAUAGCAACAACAUUCCGUCCAUGAGGCCAGAGCGUGACUGCCAAGAGCUAGGAGUUUUUGAGUUGAUGAAGACUCUUAACUAUAAAACAGGAAUUAAAUCAAAGACCUCUAAACACAGUCAUGCAAACACCACCGACUUUGAAACACCCUUCAGCACAAUCCUUCUUGCAUUAUUCAUGCAAUAUAAAAAUAAUGUCUCUAAAGGGAAUUGGAGAGAGAGCAGCAAUAAGAGAACCGGUGAUUUGAAUGGUAUAGGUAAAAUCUUGCAGAAAUCCAUGACAGAGCCACAUGCUGAAGACUUGCCAUUGAAUGAAUUGCAUUCUUCUGCACUUUUACACAAAAUAUCUCUUUCUAUUCAGCAAAAGGAAAAUUGUAUAGCUGGAGAAUCUCGGCAGAAUGAUGAUAGUCAUAACGCAACUCCAGAACAGUCAACAACUGAGUCUUCUCAUAGCGAAGCAGAGGAUUUAGAUUGGAAGCCAAGUAGAUCGAGAAAGAAAGCAGCCAAUGGAUUACCAAUACAAAAAAGGCGAAAAUCAGAGAGAAGAAAAAAGAGGUCACAAAGUAAGCCCUGUUCUUCAAAAAAAGAGAGUACAUCAGCAGUAAAUGAAGACUCUGUUUGUAUUAAGGAAUCAGAUGGUAAAGUUACACCAGAGCCAAUAGCUCCUUCAAGGCUCUUUCAACUGAUUAUUGGCAAAGAUCAGGACAAGUUAAGUAGUUGCCUUGAAAAGUUAUCUGCCAGAAACCAAAAAAUGAUGAAUGAAAAGAGAGCAGUUGUACCUAAAGACCAGGGAAAGAUGAAUGAAUUAAAAGUGAAAAGCAAGAAAGUCCCAGGCAAAAAAAGUAAAAAGUGUCAACACCAACAAAAAGUAGCUGCAGCAGAAGAAACCAAAAAUGGGGAAAGGAACUCAAAAAGGGUAAAUAAGGGGUCAUUUCAAGUUACAAGCAAACUCCAGGAAAGUGAUGCCAGUGGUAGUCAAAUUCCAUUGGAUUCUGAAGCCAGUGAACAACAGAGCCUUCUGAAGGAAUACCUAUUAAAGCCAGCCGGUGAAGAAAUCAAGACAGAGAAUGACUGUGAUAUGCCGAAGGUAGAAACAAACUUUUUGUUCAGCCGCAUGCUCCAAAAUUUCAAGAUUUUAGCAGAAGCCAAUCACUCUGAGAGCAUUUUAGAAAGAGAACAAGAAACUUCAAGCGUUACAGAUAUUUUACGUGAAAUGUUGGUGAGUGGGAACACAGAUGGGGAGUUGAAGACUGAGUUUGACACUCACGAAGACACAAAAGAUGACAAAAGUUUGAUCCAAAGUGUAAUCCUGCAAUGCCCACAGACAAACCGCUCUGAUAAACAGGAUCCAGUCUGCAAAGUUGAAUGUGAUAAUAGUGUAGUCUGUAAAAUAGAAUGUGAGGAAGACAUUUGCAAAGUGGAACAUGAAGAAGAUUGUUAUGAAUGCCAAGUAUGCCACCUACAGUUUUCAUCUGCAAUAGACCUCUCCACUCACCAGGUACUGUUCCAUUGCAGCGAGGACCCUGAAGCUACCAGCACCCACAUGUUGCUGUCCCACAGUGUUGAUAAUUUAAAAAGUAAUGCAUUGCAGAAGAAACUUCCUGCUUGAUUGGAUUUGAGACAGUCUACUUGGUCACUUGUGCUUCCUAGAGUGUACCACAAUUAUUUAUGUGAUCAACCUUUUCAUUUGUUCACCGUGCAAUAUGUACAAAUAUUUUUAGGGAAAAGAUGGAUAGAUUUUAGGCUUAUGAAAAAUAAUAGAUGUAUGCAUUUAGAGAUUUGAUUUACACAGAAUGUUAAAGGCAAGUAAUUAUCAUUGUCAUCAUAUCAAUAUAUGUAUAUUAUAAUUAUUAACACUGAUAUUUAUUUUUUGAUGAUUAUUUUUAAAAAGGUACAUCUACUUGAUGUUGAGACUGAGUCCGUCCAAAAUGUACAGCCAAUGACACAAGUCCUCUCAAUUGUUCUUUCAGAAGUGGCUGUUAUUCAGGAACUGAGUGCAAUUAAUAAAUAGAUAUGUAAACAACCCAGUACUUAGAUUAGUAGGCAACUAUCUUAUUUUGGUGUUGUUGUUAUUGUUGUUACUUGUGCAUAGAAUAAUUUUCUUUCCAUCUCAAAUAUUUAACAUCUUAUUGAAGGACCAGUCAUUUGUAAAGUCACAGAAAAAAACUUCUAGGAAAUGUAGGUGAUCUAUUCUUAUAUUCUUGGGAUGUGUACAAAACCAGAUAUAUUAUUAACAUAUUGCAAUCUAUUUUAGUGUUAAUGUUGCAGUUAAAGUGCUUGUGUGUUUAGAAUUGUUGGGUUUUCUGAAGAGUUAUUUAGCAUGAAAUGUGUAGUUAUUGUAUAUUGGUAGGUGAAUGCAGUAGGUAUUUAUUUUAUUCUGUUGUAGAUUUUGUAAAAUUGGUACUUACUUAGCAACAGGAGAAAGGUUAUAACAAAUUUCUUUAAAAUUAAACCAAAGAAGAAUCAUAGCAAUUGGUUUUAAAACAUUUAUGAUUUUAUGAAAAAAACAACACUGAUUUCAGCACAGCUAUUAAUUACAAUCACUGUCCCAAAGACACUCUGCUAGGUGAAUAUUUAGAAAAAAUAUAUAUACAAUGGUCAGAGGUUGUUGUGGCAUGAUAACGUUGUGUUUGAAUUUUGUUUUGUUCUGUGCUGAAGGAAUCUCUUUGUGUCUGUACAUGUACUGUUUUCUUAAGUGAACUUGUAAAAGUUACAUAAUGGUAGCACCAGGAGAGCUUUUUUGUUGUAAUUAUUUAAAUGUCUUAAGUGCUUUUGUGUCAGUACUUGGGUUAUCUAAAAUGUAUUAGAACCAGUGUGUUUGAGAAUUUAGCAACAUGUAAAAGUGAUAGAUUUGCUUGAUUUUUUUAAAACUUUCUUUUUCUCUGUAAUGCAUAUACCCUAUUUUGUAAAGUCUAAAGCUUAUUCACUGCUAAUUUGUGCCAAGAGAUAUAUAUAUAUGUAUAUUAUAAUCUGACCUGUGAGGAUUUUAACUCAUUGCCACUGCAAGUGUUUUAUUUAUUAUGUUUACUUGUAAAUAGCUCCAGAAGCACCAAGUCACCAAAAAAACAAUUACUAGGACUAUGUGACCUCACCUGUUUACCACAUUCCUUGAAUUUUUAAAAAGAUAGGUUUUAAUUUUUAUGACUUUUAUUGUUAGCAGCAUUAUGAGAAUGUGAAUAAAAUCUAAAAUGUCAGUAAUUGUUAAUAAAAGAAACAACAAAAAGAAAUUUGAAGAUUGGGAUGAACAGGUAUGAUCAGAUUGGCCUAGUGAUCAACAACUUGGUAAUUAAGUGCUUGUGAAGUGAUGUUAUGUGUAAACAAAAUUGAUAAAGAAAUCCAAUGGGUUAACCAGCAAAUAUGCUCUUUCAAAACAUACAAUAAGCAAAGGAUUGUACCUGAAUGAACAUCAGGCAGUUUUUAUUAAAUGAAGUUAAAGGCAAGACAAUCCAAAGAAUAUGUUAUAGCACUGUAUUUUUGAAGCUGGAUGUUUCUGCUUAAGUGUUUUUUGAUGACACAAGUGGUAGACGGUUUUAUGUAUGGCAGUGCCAUACUUGAUAGUACUUGAGACCCAGUACAGUUUGACCAAACCUGAUCUUAAGUAUUUUGUUUAUGGCUUUCCAAGAUUUCUCUUUUUUCCUUUUUUCUUUCUAAGAGUUCAGCUCAAAGAAAUGAUAAUUCAUAUCCUAAGUACAAAUAUACCUUGAAGCCAUUAUGCACAUUUUAUUUUGUCAAACCAAAAAACAUUCAGUUCUGAUGUCAAUGUUAACAAAAUUUAGUUUUCGGGUGAACACGCAUUGUCUGAAUAUUAUUUUUAGGAUUAGAAAAUUGUCCUAGUUGUCACUGUAUGUAAGCACAGAUAGCCUUGUAUUUUAUUUGUAAUGAAAAUGCUUCAUGGAAAUGUAGUACGUAGCCCCUUUGUGAGACACUGUGGAACCUCAUUUUUCAGUUAUGUGAUCCAUAGAGUUUAGCUAAUGUUAAGGGAUAUAAAAAUGGACCGAGUGAUAUAACAUGCAGCAUACCCCCAUGCCUUAUAAAUAAUAAGUAUGGUAAGUAUUGCACUUUUUUCAUCAUGAAACUUAUCAGAAUAAUCAGUAAAGAUGGUGAGAGACCAGUGCCUUUUUUACAUGUUACUCCUGGUUUUACAAAAGCUCUUUAUAUAAUUUUAGUUCUCUAUUUUUUGUGAGAUGGGUUAACAAAUGGAGGUUAAUAGUCAUCAGAUUGAUUUUUAAACGAAAGAAAUACCAUGAGUUGGGGAAAAAAGUUAUAUGGGCAGAAUUUGGUUUUUAGUUUACCCUUUUUCGAUUUAUAAGAAUGUGCAGUUUUCUAUAUCCUCUCUGACCAUUUUUAGACGGUUGCAGUUAUGCCAAAAUGCCAAUAGAAUUCUCACAUGGAUUAACCUAAACACUACAGUCAAUAAAUCUCGCUAUUUUCAUGGUGCCCCAUAAGGGUAAAAAAAUGAAGAUUCCAAAGCAUUAGAACGAGAAAGCAAACUAGACUUAAACUUCUCUUUAUCUCUAUGUAGCUGUACUACAAUGAAGGCUGAAGACAUCCAACUUUGACUUCAUUGUGCAGGAUUUUUUUGUAUACAACUUUGAACUUUGUAAACAAAAAGCUGUAUGUCAGUUAUCAGGCUAAUGAACAGGAUAUAGAACAAAAAAUAGGAGAUGCCCAUCAUAAUUAGAAGAAUGUAUUCUGGUAACAAAUCUAUGGUUCUGAAAAACAAUUUUUAAAUGAGAUGGUAUAUUAACGAGUUAGAUACCUCUAAAAAGUAAAAUAGAGAGAAACAGUAAUUGUACAAUUAGGUUAUCUAAGACCUUGGUGAAGUUUACAGAAAAUAUUAACCAAAAUUAAUACCUGUGCCAUUAGAGAAUACAAGCCUACCAUAGGUUAUGUAAUUUAACUAGAACAAUAAGAGACCUGCCACUGUUCUGGGGCUUGAAAAAAGACUGAAAGGUGCUAGUGUACAAUGUUUACUCUUUGUGCAUAUCUUCAUAGUGUAUAAUUUAGUUAUUGCAAAAAACUUUUUUUUCAAGGUGUGAUGUUUGUAAAGUUUCCAUUUAAUUUUUAUUGUCUGUGGUUCAUGCAGGUAAUUAUACAUUUAUUGAGUAAUUCAUCUUAGUGAGUACCAAUAUUAAUGUGUGCCUGAUCCUACAUUGAGACUUUGAGUCCUUACACAUACAUAGUGUAACUAGAUCUUGAUUUUGUGGAAUGAAAACAGUAUUGUCUGUGUAUGUAAAAGGUAAUAUACCUGGCAAUGAAAUAAAAUUGCCAAGAAAAAAAGAAAAGCAUGAAAUUUCUUUUACCCAGUUCAUUGUAAACAUGCCUGCUAUUGGCAGUCUAUUGAAAGCUGUCAGAGGAAAAUUCUGGGUGUCAAAAUGACAUCAAAUGCAGUGGAGAGUUGUCUAAAAUACAAUAUUUUUAUGAAAGACCUGUUGUACUAGAUUUUCAUAUAAUCCAAUGAGUCAAAUGAUCCUUGCCAUAAAUAUCUGGUUAGUAGAUUGCUAAUGACCAGUUUUAAGUUGUAUAAUUCUGGGUAAUUGAGUGGUAAAGAGUGUACUGUACUGUAUUAAUAUUGGUGUAUAUUGGAAGUUAAUUGAUAGAUUAUUUGAAGUUGCCAAUUUACUUGUAAAUAGUCUUAGGUUGAAGUAAUCAGCAAGAAUAUGAUAAAUUAGUAAACACUUUUGAACCUCAACAGUUUUAAAAGUGUUUGACCUUAAGAAAUAUGUUAAAUUGAUUGAUGAUAACAUCUUAUGUAUCACAUAUGUUUCAACUUAUAUCUAGUAAUUAUGAAAUAUUUUUGUCUAUUUUGAGAUUUGUGUGGUUGCUUUGUUUCAGCACAUUUACUUACCAAAUCUCAGAUUUUUAAAAAUUAUAUUUUAGACAAAAUUGUGUUCUGUGAUACUGUAAGGAAACUGCAUUAACAUAUGCUUUGGUGAUUUAAUAACAUUGAAAACCCCAGUAGCAGAAAUGUUUCAGUUGUUGCAUUAACAUAACUCUCAAGAAAAUGUAUAGCAUGUACCAAAUGAAGUAAUAUUUAAAGUAACUGGGAUAAUAUUGCAAAUUAAAUUCUAUUGUGAUUAAUUAUAAAAAUAAGCAUGCAGAAAUCCAUCUACACAGAGAAAUAAGCCAAUUUUUUCAUUUAUGUAUGUUUUGUCAGCAGGAUAGGUUCUAGCUCUUAAGUCUUCAUUGCCCGGCAGCAACAAACUUUCAUAUAGUUAAUCAAUUUCCUUCUGCUCUUCCCUAUAUUCUGCUGUGGUAGUACUCAAUUCAGCUCCUUAAAUUGGUUCUCUGUCUUGCUCUUGUGGAAAACUCCAGCCAGGUCAGAAUGAAAGGAAAAAAAUAUGUGAAGCAUGUUCUAGAAUUAAAAAAAAAAAAAAAAAAAAAAAA